AUGCGGGAUAGCAAUCGUAGUUUUAAACUAUUUGGUGUUACGAUCAGUACUGACGAUAAUGAGGAUUCGGCAUCAAGAAACAAGGGAAAAAGAUGGAGUGAAGAUGAACAUAGGGCGUUCUUGAGUGGAUUGGAGAAACUUGGAAGUGGAAAUUGGACUGAAAUUGCUAAACAGUUUGUGCCAAGCAGAACGAAAACACAAAUUUCCAGUCAUGCCCAGAAAUAUUUUGCAUGGCUCAAGACUAAGAAUGACAAAGCAGCAAAAUCGACAAGUGCUGUUGAGUUAUCGUCGUCCACUACUUCAGAGAAAGAAACUUUGAAUGAAGAAAUUCCACUUUCACCAAUGCCAAUCAACUACAGAGUUCCUAAUGAUUUUGUGCCUCAUGUUUCUAAUACUGAGAAUAAUGGGGAUUCAGUUGAUUUUCUAUCAAGAAAGCAAGAAGGAAAAUGGACUGAAGAUGAACACGAAGCGUUCUUGAUUGGAUUGGACAAAGUUGGAAGAAAUUGGACUAGGGUUUCUAAAGAGUUUGUGCCAAGCAGGACACCAACGCAAAUUACGAGUCAUGCCCAGAAAUAUUUUGACAAUCAAAAAAACAACAGAGGACCCAAACGCAGUGUCUUCGAGAUUAAUUUUGACCAAGAAUCCACAAGUACUUGUCCAGAAUCCGUGAUGAAAGGCAAAGAAGUUUUGAAAUGA